GGAGCUAAUCAGGUGCCACUGAACUGAAGGGGUGAACUAGAGGAGAAGAGGGUGACUGGGCGGGGAGCAGCUGCGGGAGAAGCAAAGGGACGACUGAGGGAAUAAUCAGACCACUGAGGCGUGAAGUACUAGGGGUGCGAUAACUGAAGGGAUUACCUGGCUGGUGUUUGCUUGUUCUGGAGUGAUCUUCUGACUGGAAAAGAACUAUGUCAUGGAUCAAGGAAGGAGAGCUGUCACUUUGGGAGCGGUUCUGUGCCAACAUCAUAAAGGCAGGCCCAAUGCCGAAACACAUUGCAUUCAUAAUGGACGGGAACCGUCGCUAUGCCAAGAAGUGCCAGGUGGAGCGGCAGGAAGGCCACUCACAGGGCUUCAACAAGCUAGCUGAGACUCUGCGGUGGUGUUUGAACCUGGGCAUCCUAGAGGUGACGGUCUACGCAUUCAGCAUUGAGAACUUCAAACGCUCCAAGAGUGAGGUAGACGGGCUUAUGGAUCUGGCCCGGCAGAAGUUCAGCCGCUUGAUGGAAGAACAGGAGAAACUGCAGAAGCAUGGGGUGUGUAUCCGGGUCCUGGGCGAUCUGCACUUGUUGCCCUUGGAUCUCCAGGAGCUGAUUGCACAAGCUGUACAGGCCACGAAGAACUACAACAAGUGUUUCCUGAAUGUCUGUUUUGCAUACACGUCCCGUCAUGAGAUCAGCAAUGCUGUGAGAGAGAUGGCCUGGGGGGUGGAGCAAGGCCUGUUGGAUCCCAGUGAUAUCUCUGAGUCUCUGCUUGAUAAGUGCCUCUAUACCAACCGCUCUCCUCAUCCUGACAUCUUGAUACGGACUUCUGGAGAAGUGCGGCUGAGUGACUUCUUGCUAUGGCAGACCUCUCACUCCUGCCUGGUGUUCCAACCCGUUCUGUGGCCAGAGUAUACAUUUUGGAACCUCUUUGAGGCCAUCCUGCAGUUCCAAAUGAACCAUAGCGUGCUUCAGACGGAAUCUCACUCUGUCGCUGGAGAACAGUGGCAUGAUCUCGGCUCACUGCAACCUCUGCCUCCCGGAUUCAAGCAAUUCUCCUGCCUCAGCCUCCCAUGUAGCUGGGACUACAGGCACGUGCCACCACGCUCAACUAAUUUUUGUAUUUUUAGUAGAGACAGGGUUUCACCAUGUUGGCCAGGCUGGUCUCAAAAUCCUGACCUCAGGUGAUCCACCCGCCUUGGCCUCCUAAAGUGCUAGGAUUACAGGCAUGAGCCGCUGCGCCCGGCCUAUAUUUGCAAACUUUUAUUGAGUUCUUACCACAUGUCAGGCAUCCUUUCAGUAUUGAGUUCUUACCACAUGUCAGGCAUCCUUUCAGUAAAUUCUAUGAACCGCUUUAAGGCAGAUACUAUUAUUAUUGCCUCUGUUUUUAGAGCAAGGAAUCCAAAGUUAUAAUAGAGAUACUGAUUAUCUUGAAGCCUUCUCUAGCAGGAGCCCUUGGAGGUCCUGGCCAGGCUUUCUCUACCCCAGAAGCUUCAAAGCUCUGUUUCUAGAAAUCAUAUCACCUUGGCAGAUGCACUAAGGGGAGAAUCCAGACUAACAGCAUCCUCACCAGUUUGUUCUCAGACCAGAGAGGUCUUUCCAGGCUUUUCUCCUGUCUCCCUUUUACAGACCCUGUAUCAUGGCCAAACUGGACUCUUCCCAGUUACCUGUUCCAUGCCCUCCAGUUUCCUACCUGUAUGUCUGUGCUCUUGCCCCAUCACCCAAAUUCCCAUUUUAAAAUCUGAGCUGCUCUGUCUCUAGGCCCUGCCCAAUGUGUCCCUAUUCUCUGCAGGACGCCAGGGCAAGGGGCUAGGCUCUGGACCUAGAGUAGCUUACUGAGAGGAAGGCAGCGGGUGGAUCAUAAGGGAAGCAGGGACUUGGCUACAAGUUGUGGGGAGCCAGACCUUGGUAUCUGAAUGGACCAUGACAGUCUCCAGGUGGUCACCUAGCCAGUCUUAAAGGCUGGCAAAGGGAGAUCUUGACUAUGAUGCAGUAGGACUUGUCAGCAAAGAGGCAGGGACAAAUAGAGAAUCAGGCCAGGGAGGGGGUGUGCGGCAGUGCAGAGCAGCUGAUCCUCAAUCACAAGUUGCAUGGAUGGUAGGUCCUUGAGAGGUCACUGAUGGAGAUGAGUAAAAAGUAUUCACCUCAUCUCCAAGGAUGAUAUUAGAGAGGGAAAAGACACAUGUUCCCACGAAGCUUCCUGUAGUACAUUUGUCACAAUUUAAACAGGCUGGAUUGAACAUUAUAUUUCUUCUGCUCUUCAGGUUGUCACUAUCUUCUCCUCAGGAUAAAAGCUUGAGUUAUGUAUGUAUGCAUAUAUGUAUGCAUGUGGAAAUGGGGUCUCGCCAUGUUGCCCAGGCUGGUCUUGAGCAGCUGGGCUCAAGCGAGCCUCCCACCUUAGCCUAAAAGCUUGAGUUAAUGUCUCAGACAUUCAUGACUUUGAAUAUUGGCACUGCCUACAUAGCUAUAUGACUGUACAGUUACUUAACCCCUCAGAGUAUCAUUUUCCUCACCUGUAAAAUGAGAGAAGUAGCGUUUACAGUAAUACCUACCUUGCAGGUUUGUGAUAGGGAUUCAGUAAGCUAACACAUGUCAAGUGCUGAGUGCAGUGGCUGGAACAGAGUUCAUUUUCCAAGAAUGGUGGCCAAUAUUGUUCCCCACAUGUGUGUCUCUUGGCCUCUCCUCAGACUCCUGUCUCUGGAAAAGCACCCUGCACAUCCUGUCCCCAGUACAACUCCCCAGGCAAGGAGACUCUGAGGGUGCUUCAGAACAUCAUGUUUCUGGUAGGAGGUGUCCUUCUCUGCCUGAAAGCAGCCCUCAGAAAUGCAUUCCUCAUGCUGCUGACCUGGGCUGGCUGGUUGCAGCUUGGGGAAGGACUUUUCAUUGGCCAAUGUUUUGAAGCCAAGGACCUGCAGCCUCUCUCCAGGUGCCAACAGAGUGGUAGAGGACUUUUAGAUUUAAGUACUGGAGGGACUAUUACAUCUUGUUCUCUGAUUCUACCAAGGAGAGAAUAAGAGCAGAGAGGGAUAAUGCCCAGGAGGAAUUUAGAUUCAUAGGUUAGAACCACAUUUCUCAAAGUGAGCUUCUUGGAGCCCUUGCACCAAGAUUGGAUAAGGUCUGUACAAAAAGUCUCUAAGGAAAGAAUUAACGCCCUCACUUACCCUGAUUGGUCAUUAUACAAGGAUAGUAGACAAAUGGUCAGGGAGAGAAAAGUUGACCUCUAGGACUUCUGUUAGCUUGGAUUUCCCAAGGGUAAGUACUUGAGAAGAACUGGAAACACCUCUGAGAUUGAAAGGGUAGAUUCAGACCAUGUGGAAGCUGGAUAGACAGGUAUCCAGAUACAGGCCACCAGCUUUUCCACCCCAAGAAAGUAGAGCUUAUACACAGGCACGAGAUACACUUCACAUUGUCCUCUCAAGAAGUUACCUCAGUGGAGAAGCCAAGGGAACUUCAGCCAUCUCAGCCUCGCUGUCAUUUUCUGUAAAAUGACGAGCAGACACCCUCCCAACUCUGCUAUCUGAACAAUGAACUGCUAAUUCCUGGCAGACAGGGGCCAGGCUCUGCCUGGGCUACAGCCCCCAUUGCUGGCAUGCACUCUGAUGCCAUCUGGAAGAAGCUUGCGCCUCAUGAAGUGGCUUUAGCUAGCUCCAUAUUUCCUCCCUCUGUUGCUGAGCGUCCCCCAUCCUUUCUGUUCUGCCAGAAACUUAGACUACUUAGCCCAGUCCACAAGUGGCGGUGAUAGAACAGCUAACAGUUAAUAGCCAAGCAGUAGGCUGAAAAUUCAUUAUCUCAUUUUUCCUCAAACAACCCAGUGAGGUGGGUACUCUUAUCCCGGUUUUGCAGAGUAAGAGAGAGCCUUAGAGAGGUGAGGGAGGCCUUAGGAACUUCUCAAACCCCAGUGCUCCAGGUGGACUUACUCUGGCCUUAACAGGCUCUUCGGUUCCAUGCAUCUUUGCUCAUUACUCCCACUGCCAGAAUAUUCUCCCUGCCCCCCACACACCUCACCUCUGUUUGAAUCCUCCUCAUUGGUUAAAGGGCCAGCUCAAAUUCUGUCUGUCCAUGAAGGUCACUGCUCCGUGAUGUUCAUCAGCCACACUUGCUUUCUCCUCUGAACUGCAUGACCCUUACCACAUCCUAUUUUGCAUCGUGGCACUCUGUGUGCAUGGCUGUAUAAUCAGCCUGUAAGCACCUGGAUUGCUGGGAUCGUGUCCUGCGCAUCUCCAUAUCCUCAAAAAAAAUCCUGUAUGUAGCACCCAGGGAGCCUCCUGACCAAGGCCUGGAAGAAGCCCUUCCAGCAAGACGGAGAGCUCUAGCGGCAACUGUUCAAGCCCGAAGUCUUCAUAGCUCCACAUGUAAUUCAUUGUAAUAGCAGAAGAGAAGUAUUCUUGAAUGCCUGGGAUUAUUCAGGAGCCGGGGGGGACGGUCCAGAAUUCUCAUUUGUCAUCCUUAUUCAUGCAGUAAACCUUUAUUGCUGAGAGACAGCAAA